AUGGUGUCACAGGUUGCUCCAUCCAAUAUUAUUGCUGGAUCUAUUGUUUGGGUGGAGGACCCUGAGGUAGCUUGGAUAGAUGGGGAAGUUAAAGAAAUUAAAGGGGAAAAGAUUACAGUAAAAUGUACAUCAGGGAAACUGGUUGUGAGCAAGACAUCUAAUGUGUAUCCAAAGGACCCUGAAUUUCCUCCCUCUGGUGUUGAUGAUAUGACAAAGCUAGCAUAUUUGCAUGAACCUGGAGUUCUACAGAAUUUAAGAUGUCGAUUUGAUAUUAAUGAAAUAUAUACCUACACAGGAGGUAUAUUGAUUGCUAUAAAUCCUUUUCAAAGAUUGCCACAUUUAUAUGAAAAUCGCGUGAUGGAAAAAUACAAAGGGGCAAGUGUGGGUGAACUUAGCCCACAUCCAUUUGCUAUUGCAGAUUCUGCCUAUAGACAGAUGAUUAAGGAGCAAAUAAGCCAAGCAAUUUUGGUAAGUGGGGAAAGUGGAGCUGGUAAAACAGAGAGUACAAAGAUGCUUAUGCAGUAUCUAGCUUUUAUGGGAGGGAGAAAUAACAACACAGGGGAACGAUCUGUGGAGCAAAAGGUCUUGGAGUCGAAUCCUGUUCUAGAAGCAUUCGGGAAUGCGAAGACUGUCAGAAACAAUAAUUCAAGUCGCUUUGGCAAGUUUGUGGAAAUUCAGUUCGAUGGAAGGGGGAGAAUUUCUGGAGCUGCAAUAAGGACUUAUUUGCUAGAACGAUCUCGUGUUUGCCAAGUGUCUGAUCCAGAGAGAAACUAUCAUUGCUUUUACAUGCUUUGUGCUGCACCGCCAGAGGAUGUUGAGAAGUUCAAAGUUGGAAAUCCACGAACUUUUCAUUAUUUGAAUCAGUCAAAUUGUUUUGAGCUGGAUGUACUAGAUGAUUCUAAAGAGUAUCUUGAGACAAAGAGAGCUAUGGAUAUUGUUGGGAUCAACCAGGCAGAGCAGGAGGCAAUAUUUCGAGUUGUGGCUGCUAUUCUACAUUUAGGAAAUGUUGAGUUUGUAAAGGGAAAGAAAACAGAUGGUGCUGAACCUAAAGAUGAUAAAUCUCGGUUGCAUCUAAAAACUGCUGCAGACUUAUUCAUGUGUGAUGAAAAGUCUCUUGAAGACUCCUUAUCUAAACGUGUUAUUGUGACUCGUGGUGAUCGCAUUACAAAAUCUCUUGAUCCAGCUACUGCAGCUAUCAGCAGGGAUGCUUUGGCCAAAAUUGUUUAUUCAAAAUUAUUUGACUGGCUCGUUCAGAAGAUAAAUAUUUCUAUUGGUCAGGAUCCGGAAUCAAAAUUCUUGAUUGGUGUUCUGGAUAUUUAUGGAUUUGAGAGUUUCAAGACAAACAGUUUUGAGCAAUUUUGCAUCAAUUUGACGAAUGAAAAGCUGCAACAGCAUUUUAAUCAGCAUGUUUUUAAGAUGGAGCAGGAGGAAUAUAAAAAGGAACAAAUUGACUGGAGUUAUAUAGAGUUUGUUGAUAAUCAAGAUAUUCUUGAUCUUGUUGAAAAGAAACCUGGUGGCAUCAUUGCUCUUCUUGACGAGGCUUGUAUGUUUCCUCGAUCAACGCAUGAGACAUUUGCGGAAAAACUCUAUCAGACUUUUAAGGACCAUAAACGCUUCGUUAAGCCUAAGUUGUCACGCACUGACUUCACCAUUUGCCAUUAUGCUGGUGAUGUGACUUACCAAACCGAGCUAUUCCUGGAGAAGAACAAAGAUUUAGUUGUUCCAGAGCAUCAGGCUCUCUUGAAUGCUUCCAAAUGCUCUUUUGUUUCAAGCUUGUUUCCUCCUUUACCUGAGGAAACUUCCAAAUCAUCAAAAUUUUCCUCAAUAGCUACUGGCUUCAAGCAACAACUCCAAUCUUUACUUGAGACUUUGAAUGCCACUGAACCACACUAUGUACGUUGUAUAAAGCCAAAUAAUGCUCUUAAGCCAGGAAUAUUUGAAAAUAAUAAUAUACUACAACAACUUCGUUGUGGGGGAGUGAUGGAAGCAAUUAGAAUUAGCACUGCUGGAUUUCCCUCUCGAAAGUUGUUUCGUGAAUUUAUAAAUCGGUUUUCCAUAUUGGCUCCAGAGGUUCUCAAUGGGAGCUAUAAUGAUGUUGCUGCUAGCAAGAGGAUUCUGGAAAAGAGUAACCUCAGUGGUUAUCAGGUUGGUAAAACAAAAGUUUUUCUGAGGGCGGGUCAGAUGGCUGAACUAGAUGCACGUCGAGGUGCGGUUUUAGGAGUAUCAGCAAUUGUUAUACAGAGAAAAGUCCGUGCAUAUUUGAGUCGCAGACACUUUAACUUGUUGCGGUUAUCUUCCAUAAAACUUCAAGCCUUCUGUAGAGGACAAGCGGUACGCCAUCAGUAUGCUAGGAUGAGAAGAGCAGCUGCUUGUCUGAAUAUUCAAAAACAUUCACGCAAGUUUCUUGCUAGGAAAGCAUACAAGAAUUUGUACUUCUCAUCUGUUACCAUCCAAGCGGGUAUCCGUGGGAUGAUUGCUCGUGAUAAACUUCUAUUGAGGAAGCAGAUGAGAGCUGUAACAGUAAUUCAGAGUCAAUGUCGCCGAUUCUUAGCCAGCCAUCAUUACUUGAGGUUAAAGAAAGCAGCAAUCACCACACAAUGUGCUUGGAGAGGAAAACUUGCACGUAGAGAAUUACGGAAUAUAAGAAUGGCUGCCAAGGAAACUGGUGCCCUCCUAGAAGCCAACACUAAGCUGGAAAAGCAAGUUGAAGAACUUACAUGGGAGUUGAAGAAGAUGCAACGUGAAAAAGAGUUGCUAAUGAAGGAAGGCGGAGGCACAAAGAACAUUGCUGGACAAGUUCCUAUAAUUAAGGAGGUCCCAGUAAUUGAUAAUGAAUUUAUGGUUAAGCUUACUGCUGAAAAUGAACAGCUUAAGGCUCUGGUAACUUCAUUAGAAAAGAAAAUUGAAGAAACAAACAAGCUUAGUGAAGAGCGGCUAAAGCAGGCUUCGGAGGCUGAGAUGAAGAUAAUUGAGCUGAAAACUGCAAUGCAAAGGUUAGAAGAAAAGAUCUCAGACAUGGAAACUGAGGACAAGAUUUUGAGACAGAAAGCAUUGCUGAGUGCACCUAGUAGGAAAAUGUCACCAGAAUCGUCAUUUGCGUCAUCUACACCUUUGCAAAAUGGUAAUCAUGCUCAAUUGAAUUCUGGUCCAUCAAAAAGGUUUGGUAGAGAAGAUAGCAGAAUGAGGAGAUCUAAGAUUGAAUUGCCACAAGCUCAAGAGGGUGUUGAUUCUCUAAUAAAAUGUACCACACAGAAUCUUGGAUUCAGCCAAGAAAAGCCUGUUGCAGCAUUUACAAUAUACAAAUGCCUUGUUCACUGGAGAACAUUAGAAGCUGAAAGGACAAGUGCAUUUGAUAAUCUUAUUCAGAUGAUUGGCUCUUCACUAGAGAAACAAGAUGACAAUGAUCACAUGGCUUAUUGGCUGUCGAACACAUCUGCUUUGUUGUUUUUGCUUCAAAGUAGUUUGAAAUCCUCUGCUGCAGCACAGAAGCCUCCUGCUCCAACAUCAUUUUUUUCAAGGAUGACCCAAAGUUUUCGUUCAUCUUCUGCAAAUCUAGCAGUUGGUGUAGUACGCCAGGUUGAGGCCAAGUAUCCAGCUCUACUUUUCAAGCAGCAGCUCACAGCAUGUGUAGAAAAAAUCUAUGGAAUCAUUAGAGACAACUUGAAAAAGGACUUGUCAUUGCUUCUUUCUUGUUGCAUCCAGGUACCUAGGGCAUCAAAGGGAACUGCUUUUAAGACGUUCGAAGAGUCAGAAGAAGUCGAUAGCUCUCCCGCUUGUCAUUGGCAAAGAAUUAUUGAAUCCCUGAACAAGCAUCUGAGCACAUUAAAAGAAAAUUUUGUGCCCCCAACACUUAUUCAGAAGAUUUUCAUUCAAAUAUUUGCAUAUAUAAAUAUACAGCUCUUUAAUAGCUUUCUUGUUCGUAGAGAGUGCUGCACAUUUAGCAAUGGGCAGUAUGUGAAGUAUGGCUUAGCUGAACUGGAACUAUGGUGUGCCCAAGUGACAGAAGAGUAUGCAGGAUCAUCAUGGGGUGAACUCAAACACACAAGGCAAGCUGUUGCUUUCUUGGUUUUGCAAGAAAAAUCCAGCAUAACUUACAAUGAAAUCACAAAUGAACUUUGUCCUGUUCUGAGCGUUCAACAACUUUACCGAAUAUGUGCACUUUUUAGGGAUGACAGCAACAACGCUCCAAGUGUUUCACCAGAUGUAAUUUCCAGCAUGAAACAUCUAUUAUCAGAUGGUUCCGCCGAUGAUGGUGGCAGUACCUUUCUAUUGGAAGAUGAUAUCAGCUUUCCAUUCUCAGUGGAGGACAUUAUUGGUUCUAUGAGAGUAAAAGAAUUCGCCGAGGUAAAACCUGCUGCAGAACUUACUGAGAAUCCAGCCUUCCAAUUUUUACUACAGGAUUAAGCCACAGGUUCUACUAUCAAUUUCACUUCUUUUUUUUUAUACACUAUACCCCAUUAUAUACAAGUGUUAUCCUACACUACGAGAUCCACUACCUCAACUGUAAUAUAGUUCUUAGACUUCUAACAUUUUCAUUAGGGUAUGUAGGUAGUUAUUUGGUAAUCUUUUGAGUAGCAUCUUUUUGUAGUGAGGUAGGAGAUGAAGAAAAUUUUCAUGUUAGUCUUCUCUUGUAGUAAGAGCUGAAGCUUGUU